CGAGAUCGGAGACAGACUAAGAUACCAUCAGUGUAGGACGGUGACUGUGUGCACAGCUACUCAAGCCGUUCGCCAACACUAGUGCUCGCUUAAAAUGCAAAUUUCGCCCUCCUUCGUCAUCUGGCGGUCGAAUGGAGCGCCGGGGGGCGCGGAUGCUGGUGACGGCAGAGGAUUUUUUCCGAAGUUCGACCCUUGUUCCAAUUUCGUAUUCUCCUGUUUCUAUCUUUUACUGGCGGUUUGUCGCAUGGGACAACGCAGCAUCACACAGAUAGAGAGGGAAUACACUCAUCGACAAAGACGAGGCAAAGAGGGCGAAAAAGCCAAGAAAGCAGCCGGAGAAGGGGACGUCGUGGACGUGCAGGGGCGCCGAACAGCAAUAGCAACGUCCGCCAGCACGAUCAACGCAGAGCCUCUAUGGGGCGCUGGCCGCGAACCGUCACCAGCCGCCUGGAAUUCGUUGGCUGCUCUCAUUAAAGUGGAAUCUGACUUCAUCAAGAAAGCUUUGCAGCGGUUGAAACCUCUGUAGCAGUACGAGUUUAGUAAUGGAAACGGGACAACGACAAGAGAGAAGGACCCUCGUUGUGGCGUAGCAUGAGACUUGAAGGGAAAGCUGCACGGAGACAGGGAUAACCCGACAUUGCGGAAAAUGCGGACCAAGUUACAUGGUAUGCUCGGCAGCGUAUCGGCGUUAGCCCCAGAAGCGGCUUCUAUGACUCUACACUGCUGUCUUGUGGUUGGGAAGAUCUUGCUAAAUUUAUAGUAUCGCUGAGAAGGCCAGCGAGCGAUCAUUCUCCAACCCGGUGGGCAAACCUAAUGCUUGCUGUUUUCAAAGCUAACGAACGGAGAAGUAAGGGAGAUGGAAGGAGA